AUAGGAGUUGCAUUGGUGCGCUAUGGCGUGUCAACGAUUCACUUAAUCUUUAGUUUCGGAUUUUUUUCCUGUGGACUUUGUGUUUGUGAAAUUUUGGUUUAUUUUAAUCAUUUAUUGGAGUGUACUUAUCCUUCGGAAAUAUAUCAUAUCAUUCGUUCCAUCGAUGUUUAAAAGAUUUGAGCUGUCGCGUAUACAUAUGUGUUGCGUGGUAGAUUUACCACGUCCGAUCGUAUUUGCAUUUCUAAUUUUCACUUCAAAGAAAAAAGACUGGAUAAUAGUCAAUUUUGAUAUUGACAGCGAUUUUACAUUGUUACGCCCAUCAUCAAAUACCAACAACAACAAAAACAUGUAAAGGCGAUCGAGGUUUGGGCAAUACAUCGAUGGACAGCGCGAUAGAACGGCACGAUCCUUAUAUAAAUACGGGUGGGUAUUGAUCAAUUAGAACGGAAGUGAACCAGAGGGCACAGUCGUAAAGUUAUUCAAAUGUGGCCUUUAAUACGAUGUGUUACAAACAGGGAAUACGUAUAACUCAAGCAAUAUAUACAUUUACUUUAUUUUGUCACCGGGAAUUUAAAUUGUAUCAUUCUGAUGUCAAUUCAAUACAGGAGUAGGAAAAGACGGACAUAUACCGCUAAAAGGAAGGUGGUCAGUCGAAACUGAAGGACAAGAAAUAAGUUGUGCCGAUUAUUUUGGUGACGUCAACAAACAAUGAGACAAUACACAAAAGUGAUUACGUCAUAAUAUCAGGCUAGCAACACAUGGAUGAAAGAAAAGCAACAGACAUGUUGUUUAUGCUGUGUACAUGAUGUGAUAGCAAUCGUUCUACGGUUUCGACUAAAAAAAUGUCACGAAAUUCAUUUAUGUUAUCACUUACAAAAAAGAGUCCGUUUCCGGGAAACAUGUCCACUAACAGAUGGAGUGACCUGUGUUCUCCAAGGAUAACGGAGCUAGACGUGAAAAUAUUCCUGGAAAAUAAUCCCAGUGUGUUCCGGCGUUACGUCAUGGACUCCAUUAAUGUGGACACUUUGGAGGAGUUGAUCAAACGAAAACGGAGAGCAACAUCGUGUCGGGUGACAAAACGACACAAGGCACUUCUAGGGGACUACGACUUAUUGUCAACGAAGGAUGUGGCGUCGAAGCUCCUGGAGAGCGUUAACGCCAACAAUCUGCUGAGUCGUAUGGAAGAGUUAAGUAAAAUUCUUGCUCAGGCCGUAAAUGGAGACUCGCAUUCACUUUAUGUACCAAAAAACAACGACACUGAACUACACAUAUUUCGAGGGGGCGUAACAAUACCUUACGGACCCACAGGCAAAGGAAGUACAGUUGCUGCGCAUGCGUUCAACACGAGGGCCUCAUUAACUGUUUCCGAUAUGUCAUUAGAAUUAGCAAGGUUUCCAAAGGGUACGGGUCCUGGCGAAGCCAUUGACGUCAGCGUUUUGUGUGUACCUCUGAUUCUUCCAUCUGAUGACAUCAUUGGUGUGAUAGAAGUCGUGCGCAACAGCAAGAAAUAUCCGUUUUCUAGAACGGAUAUUCAAAUGGCACAUGCGCUCUUGAGUUGGAUGGUUGCCUGCAUCAGCGAGAACAAUGUAAAGCGAGUUUUAGACUCCCAGCGGCAUCUAAACGACUUCCUGUUGGACACCACGCGCAUCAUCUUCGACGAAAUGACCAGUACUGACCUCCUGGUCCAGAAAAUCAUGAUGUUCACUAAGAAUUUGGUGAAUGCUGACCGCUGUUCCUUGUUUCUAGUAGAUGAGGAAACCAACGAACUUUACGCCGAUUAUUUCGAUGAAGGAAAAAAGACGACAGAUGGCCAGUCCAUUAUAUCAAAGAAGUCUCAAAUCCGUUUCAGUAGAGAUAAGGGGAUAGCUGGUUAUGUAGCGAGAAGCGGAGAGGUUUUGAACAUACUUGAUGCCUACAUGGAUUCCCGUUUUAACCGGGAAGUAGAUAAACUGACCGGAUAUAGAACGAGGAACAUCCUGUGCAUGCCCAUUGUGAGUAAAGACCAGGUAGUGGGCGUGGUCCAGCUGAUCAACAGCUUGCGGGGCGAACAUUUCACAAACGCGGACGAAAGCGCCUUUAAGAUGUUCUCGGUAUACUGCGCCAUGGCGCUUCAUUAUAGCCGUUUGUACAACCUGCUUGUGCGCCAACAGAAUCAGUACAAGGUAGCUCUCGAGGUCAUCCAGUAUCACAUCGUAUGCAAAGAGGAGGAGAUGAAAGAGCUGGUAUCAGACCCCUUUAUUCAGGAAGAGAGCAUCCCCUACGAUUUCUUCUCGUUCGAUUUCUGCGCGUACGACUUUGCCCCUCUCUUGCCCCAGUUGUUCAUUCAUAUGGUGAUUGACAUGUUUGGAGAAGAUACGUUUGAGAUGGAACAACUAUGUCGGUUCACGAUCACAGUGCGAAAGAAUUAUCGCGACAUUGCUUACCAUAACUGGGACCACGGCUUCCACGUGGCGCAUUCGCUCUGGUGCAUGAUGCGCGAAAGUCCAAAUGUCUUCACCAAGUUCGAACAGAUGGCGAUCCUGAUUAGUGGAAUAUGUCAUGACGUAGACCACCGAGGCUACAAUAACGCAUUUUUCUCCAAAAUGGACCUUCCUCUGGCCUCCCUCUACUCGACUUCCGUCAUGGAACAGCACCAUUACAAACACACUGUGACCAUUCUUCAGAUGGAUGGGCAGGGCAUCUUUUCUUUCCUCACGGCUACAGAGUACAAAGAGAUGCUCGGUAUGGUACAGCACUGCAUUCUUGCGACCGAUCUAGCACUCUACUUUCCCAACCAGAAGGCGAUAACCAAACAACUGGACGAAAGCACGUUCGAUCUGCAAGAAACUGCCGCCAAAAAGCAAGCCAUCGCCUUGAUGAUGACGGGUGCCGAUUUGUGUGCCAUCUCUAAGCCGUGGGAAACACAAGGAGUAACUGUCGACUUUCUGUAUGAGGAGUUUUACGACCAGGGUGAUCUAGAGAAGAGUCAUGGAAUCGAACCUCUGCCCAUGAUGGAUCGGGAACGCAUCACGGAGCGCCCACAACAACAGGUCGGGUUUAUAGAUUUCAUAUGUCAUCCUCUUUAUAAGACGCUUCAUAGGAUUCUUCCCGGCGCCAAACCACUCCUGGACGGAUGCUCCAAGAGCAGAGAAGACUGGGCGCAAGUCUUGGCGCAAUGUACAGAGGAGGAGAGGAAGAGGAAAGAGGAAGAAAAGAAGGAAGAAGUUGAAAAGGAGGAAGAUGAGACAUCAGAGAAUAGAGAGACCGAUACGAGAUCAGACGAAGAGGAAACGACAGUAGAUGAAAGUUGAUACUACGAAAGUGUGAACUACCAUACAGAUAUACUCAGUAACUGAUACACAAAUAUUUCCCAAUGUGAUAUUAUAAACAGGCUUCGUGUCUGCAGGGCAGAGAUGAUAUUCCCAAAGUGAUAUUUAUAGUGUUAAUGUGUGCUAUUAGAGCAGAAAGUAUUAAGUAAAUGACCUUUAUUAUUACUCAAUGUAGAACCCGGUUAAGUCGAAUGUAUGUUACAACACGAACACAUAAUUUGGUUUCAUUUUUAUAUUACUUUUUUACUUUCAGUUCGUAAGUUAAAAUUAUUCCACGCAUGGAUAACUCGAACUUAUAAUACUCGUACACCUGGAUAAUUCGAACUUUAUAAUUUGCACACCUGAUGGACUCGAACUCUUUAAAACUCUAACAACUGAAUGAUUGAGUUUUCAGAACACAGACACCAGGAUAGCUCGAGCUUUAUAUAACUGACCUUUAUACCUGAAUAACUCGAACUUUUUCCUUGUCCGUUUAACUUCGACUUAAGCGGGUUCCAUGCAUGUAAAUGGUCGAUCAUGAUAUACAUUACUACAUUUCUAUUAAAACUAUUGUAAAUGUUUUUAAUUAUAGAAUUUUAUAGAACUUUAAUGGUGUAAAUAUCUUAGAUUUUAAAAAUACAUAUUAUUGCAGUUUUUGUCAAAAAUAGAUUUACCGUCCUUGUCAAGCUUUGUGUUGUUUCAUGUGCGAAUAUUUUUAUGGAAUUUUCAAAUUAUUUUAUAUUUAGUUAUGUUAAUGUUGCUGUACUAUGCAAUUCACGUCUUUAAUUUAAUGAAAACAAGUUUAAAUCAUUUUGUUAUAGUUGAAUGAAUUUAUUUUGAUAGACAUUAAAUAUCU